AUUUUCUGAAAAUAUCGUUAUAAUGAAGAAUCAGGAAUAAAAACCCUACAAAAAGAUCUGUACAUAGAAAAACUUUCAUCUGCUUUAAAAUCCGAUCCUGCGCAAUCGCAGGUUUCAAUAAACAGCUUGUUAAUAAUUAUCACCGAGAGUAUCGUGAAGUUAUCAUCAACCAUCUGUGAAACCGAAAUAGACCUUGACCUCCUGUAAAUCCAAUCUAUAAACCGUGCAUUUGAUAGAGCAAUGGCCCGUAACAUUUAUGUUGUGACCGAAAUAGAGUUUGGGAUGGUGACAUUUGGCAGGUUUGUUGUCAUACCAAUCCUUCGACGGCGCAAAUUUUUCUGUCGUCUACAAAGAGCAUCGCUCGAUAUAAUUAAUUCGAGAUUAAUUAUACCGAGAGAUUGAACGGUCGAGAUUGGAGAGUAGCGAGUGCUCGGCCGACACUGAGCUUUUUCAAUGCGAACUGUUUUGUUCUGGGCUCACAAACUUUUUGAUGUUUUCCGACCGAUCCGAAGCGAGGCAUGUUGAUAGGGUGGGUUCCUUUUUUACCCUGUAUCGUACUUAAUCACGAAAUAUCACCGGUUUACUAGAUGCUACGACAACGACCACAGCAAGUUCGAACCUUAUCUAGUUACCUAGAUACUUAGAUUCCAUAUUUUUUGAACAAAAUUUGCUAAGACUAGGUAUUAGUUAAUGGAUUCUAGAUUUAUUCAAAUGGGUUUUGUGGCGCAGUAACCAUCUGGCAUGUCCAUGGUUUACUAUAAUGGAUUUGGAUGGCUAUUUGAUUUCUGUUCUGAAGUUCCCUUACGUCUGAACGUUUUCCAUGAGUGUGUAUUCGUUUAAGAAUGUUCCUCGUGCUAUAACUUUUAGGUUAUCUAAAUAAUUUAGAAGAAUUAGAACUCACAAGUAGAAGUCUAUGAGUAUUGCCAGCUAUAAUAACGAGUGCCACAUACAUAGUACAAACAUACAAUCACCAUCCAGUCUAGCAUUUAUCGUUGUUUAUAUUCCACACCUAUUAUCUAGUACAAUGUACCUGUUUACGUAUAUGCACAGUAAUUAUAAUGUCGGUAUCACGAAAUUUUGAAUGAAAAAGUAUGUAGUAAAUAACUCGACAAAUCGUAAAACGGAAAUGUUACGUCAGUUUCGACACGUAAGCCGUAUUCAUAAACAACAUGAAAUUUAGUAUUCCAGGAGCUAUUUUCAUAUCGGGUCAUGUAUAUCGAUGGUCGGCUUCAGUCAGCCGCGGCGCGCUUCCAGUUCUACCAGACCUGGACAAUCAGUCACCAAUUAGAAAAACAUGGAGGCAAAGAUUUAUGAGGACAAGUCUGAAGAAACUAUAACCAGGAAUUGGAUCAUCAAAACAUCGGAACUUGGUGGUCGUGGAAUAUUUGCAAGCAAGCCAAUAAAACGAGGCUCUCUUAUAUUCUCCAAUAGACCCCUAGCAGUAGGCCCUCGUGCAGAUUUUGCCGGCAAGACCUUCUGCUCCAUCUGCUAUGACACGAGCUACUCCUGCUACCCGUGUGAAAAAUGUGCGAUGUUCGUUUGUUCUGAGGACUGCGCAAAUUCCCAACAACAUGCAAAUGAAUGCGCAUUUGUGGUGCAGAAUUGGAAAUUGAAACGGAAUAGUGAGAUAAACACUAAAGUGCAAGCUGAAAUACUUAUUUAUAUUCGUCUUCUAUUGUUGAAUGAAGAACAGAAACAGCUCUUGUCUUUAUUGCAAAAAAGCAAAAACAGUUUUAGUGCCAAAAACUUGGACCUUUUAUGUUCAGAAUAUAUAAUCCCCGAGGAACAUAUGAAACUUAUCAAAAUAAUUACUUCUAUUAUGAUAGUAAACUCUUUCAGAAUAUCUUGGAAUGCAAACGGAAAAAAGACACCAUUACGAGGUAUAUAUCCAUUUUCUUCGUUUCUUAAUCAUAACUGUGUGCCAAAUACAAGGAAUGUCUUCAAGACGGAUCACACAAUGCUCGUGUACGCGAGUAAAGACAUUGAAAUCGGAGAAGAGAUCUUGACCUGCUACACUGGAAUUCUGUGGUGCACGCCUGCAAGGCGCUGCCAAUUAUAUAAGACUAAGCAAUUUUGGUGUUCAUGUGAGCGCUGUAAAGAUCCUACUGAGUUGGGGACGAGAUUAUCAGCGCUAAAUUGUUUAAACAGGGAAUGUGUAGGAGUCCUAUUACCAAUAACGCCGACAGAUCCUAAGACUCCAUGGAAUUGUGAUAAUUGUAAUAAAAUAGUGUCGUGUCAAAAAAUAGGAGCUGUGCUAAGUGUUUUAGGAAGUUUGGUUGGGACCUUGGAUGUAGACAACCAGUUUCGACUUGAGACACUAAUUUUGGAAAGACUCUCGAGGCUCGUACCAUAUUCGAACCAUAUUUUCGUUGAUUUGCGAUUAAGAUUGAGUUUCAAAAUUGGAUUUACUGAAGGGCUGCAGCUGACUGGUAUUUUAUUGAAGUUUUCAAAAUUAACACCUUUUCAAUUUUAACACUGAUGCUUAUGAGGUUUUGGGUGUGACUAUGUAUCUUAGAUCAUAGAUCAUAUGUUCAGGUUAGAUCUUAUGUGUGAAUGUAUAUGAUUUAGUAAAUAAGAGAUACGUAGUUAUGACCUUAAACCAUUCAUAAUAACUCUUAACAAAAGAAAAUACAUCGGCAAAACUUCAAUACGCUUAUCAAUCAUGCUCCGUUCAAAAAGAAAAAUUAAGAGUCAUUAGAUAGUAUAACUUUAGCAUAAAAUUGAAAAAAGAAAAAGAAUUCCAUUUAGCUUUACAGAUACAUAACAAACACCUCAAAUCGCUAACUAAAAUAACUUGAAUAAAUUCUGACACUGG